GCUUGCGUUGGUACACUAACCAGACUACCCGCUCACUUGCCAGUAAACGACGCCGGCCUUGCUUCCUCAUUGAUUGACGGAGUGUCGAAGCCGAUGUGCAUUAAUCAGGAAGAUGGUGCCUAUUCGUACCGACUCCGUAUCUUCCCUGCUUGGUAGUCUUGUCGUUAAAAGUCGUCUUGUACGAAAUAGGUGUCACUUCAUGCUGAUCGCGUCCAGCAUGGACUCGUCAGAUGCUAUUUACGCUCGCGUUCGGCAGUAAGAUAGAGACCAUGGACCAAGCCGUAUGACUCGAUAAUCAUAAUCGUGUGAACCUAGGGGCCCAUAAAGGCACCAUGGCCGACAUGGAAUCCUACAAUCCAAAGUCUUGGUUCUUCUCGUUGCCACUCGUUAGCCCGUAGGGCCUAUCAUAAUGCCUUCCUAUAAUGCUGCUUUUUACGCUUCUACAAUCUUCGCAUACUUGAUCCACUCAGUUGCGGCUAAUACCUGUUCCCAAGUUGGUGCGCUUGGACUCAACAUUAAACGUUCACCUUCGAUCGAAUACCUCACCGAGCAGAACAAUUAUUGGAGUACUGGAUGUGGAGCGUUGAAGCCAGCAUGUAUCCUCUACCCGAAGACCGCCAACGAGGUUUCGGCCAUCGUCCAGGUCUUGCACGAUAACAACGAAACCUUUGCUGUCAAGUCUGGAGGCCACAAUCCGAACGAAGGUUUCGCCAGCAUCCAAGGCGGUCCAUUGAUCUCUACAAAGGAGCUGAAUGAGGUGACGUUCGACUCUACGUCGAUGACUGUGCGUGUUGGACCGGGCAAUGACUGGGAAGACAUUCACAAGGCUUUGCAAGAUACCGGUGUCACUGUCGUAGGCGGAAGAAUCGGUGAGGUUGGAGUCGGCGGUUACGUUGUCGGCGGUGGUCUCAGUUUCUUAUCUGCUGAGUAUGGGUGGGCAGCUAACAAUGUUGUCGAGUUUGAGGUCGUGUUGGCCAAUGCUACCGUUGUCACUGCAUCUUCCAAGUCUCACCCUGAUCUGUACAAGGCGCUGAAAGGAGGCGGGAACAACUACGGCAUCGUAACGGCGUAUACAAUGGUCGCCCACCCUAUUGGCCAGAUUUGGGGAGGCAAUCUCAUGUUCAGCGGAGACAAGGCUCCGCAGAUGCUUGCAGCUGUGAGGAACUUUACGGAGAACUACCCAGACGAAAAAGCCGGCAUCAUCAUGACUGCCGAACUUACUGCUCUCGGUGCCGUUGACAUCUGGAUCAUGUUUCUCUUCUACGAUGGACCAACACCGCCGCCAGGCGUGUUCGACAUGUUCACUAAUAUCGGGCCAAUUGUCAACAACUGCAAGACCCGAAGCUACUAUGAUCUACUGAAAUACAACGACUUCGCCGUCGUCAAAGGUUCAAUCUACACCAUUACGACUGAGACAGUCCCACUGCCCAGCUUCGAGAAUGGCGCAGAAGUUAUGGGUGCAAUCUAUAACAACUGGAGAAAUACGACCAAGGGAAUCUUAGGAGUCGCAGGCGUCAUCGGCUCCAUUGCUUUCCAACCCAUCCCCAAGAGGCUCGCGCGAAAAGCUCGAGAGCUGGGUGGUGAUCUAAUCGACCUGGAUGACGAUGUGGACCGUAUUGUCAUCGAGUUCAACUACUCAUACUUGUUCGACAUCGAUGACAAGACAGUUGACCAAGCCACACAGCAGCUUUACAAAGGGACUCGCAAUCUCGUGACUGGGUUCCAGCAGAGUGGCAAGCUUCCUGAUGCGUAUCUGCCGCUGUUCAUGAACGACUGGUGCGAAAGCUAUUUCCGACAGGACUACUUCGCCCGGCUGCGAACUGCCGACUUUGCACGCGGCGUGAGGGAUCAAUACGACCCGUCUGGAUUCUUCCGCGAUCGCACCAAGGGCUGGAAGUUGUAG